UUCACCGCGCAUAAAGCUCAGGGUCAAACCAUGGAAACGGUUUUGAUUGAUGUAAAGUCUUGUCGUGGGACAGAGAGUCUGUACGUGAUGAUUUCGAGGGUCAAGUCUCUCUCAGGUUUGCUUAUUUUAAGACCAUUCGAUUUGUCUGUGAUACAAAAGAACCCGUCAGAAGAUUAUCGAAAGGAGAGUAAAAGAUUGAAUAUCUUACGAUUACAGACA